AUGAAGACUAAAUCCCUGAUCAACUUGCUGCUGUCCACUGUUCCACCCACUCUCGUUUUGUCUCAAACCCCGACUACUUUCGCAACACCAUGGCCGAAAGGCUCGACAGCGACGCCAACGACGCCAACGACGUCGUCGGCUACAUUCCCGACAGAGGCCGUUCUAACUGGCGCAGGCGCACCUCCAUGGCCUCCUACCGAUGCUAUAAUACCUUCGUCAGCGUGGUCAAGUGGCGCAUUUCCAACGGUCAGUUGGCCUCCCAUUGGUGCCGGCCCUCCACAUUGGCGUCCAAAUUGGCCAACAACUGGCACGAAGCCACCGCAAAUCCCAGAGUGGGUGUUUCGCAUACCAAAGAACGUUCUUCCCAUGCGAAUUGCGCACGCCGCACUUGCAGCAAGCGCGUUCUUGCUGUUCUUCCCCAUCGGAGGCGUCAUUAUUCGCAUCUUCGAUCCUCGGCUUGAGAGAUAUUCUUAUAUCGUGUGGGUUCAUGUUAUCUUGCAGGGAGUCGGCUAUGUUCUUUUCACCGCAGCUGCAGGGAUGGGAAUAUACAUAGCAAAGCACCUUCACGCACUAAGUAAAUAUCACCCGAUAAUCGGCAUAUUUAUCUUCGCACUCAUGGCCGUGCAACCAGUGACUGAGUUGCUCAACCACUACUUGUUUGAACGAUAUCCAAACGUUCGAUAUGUCGGAUAUGUUCACCUGUGGCUCGGCCGUUUCUUGCUGGCGGCCGGAAUUGUGAAUGGUGGGCUGGGCUUCCAUUUCGCCGAAUCCAUUCCCGGACCAAAGUGGCCACAAUGGCCAAAAGUAGCAUACGGUGCUAUAGCCACUUUGGUAGUUGUCAUCUACGUGGCUAUCAUCAUCGUCUGGACGAAGUUGAACGCCGAGGGUGAGGCCCUUCACGAUGUCGACGAUGAAGAGACAACGCCCAGAGGGGCGACGGCUGAGGUCAAGACCUCGACAAGCUCAGGGGUCAAUGCUACGACAGCUGCGGACGGCAUCCAGGUUAUCCCGGGCCCGGCUAGGGAAAUGAAGCAGGGGCCUCGAUCAAACGCGGUGUGA